CUCUCGCCUCGCUCUGCUCUCCUCCGCAACCAUGACUGACAAACCCGAUAUGGCUGAGGUUGAGAAAUUCGAUAAGUCGAAAUUGAAGAAGACAGAAACGCAAGAGAAAAACCCACUGCCAUCAAAAGAAACAAAUGAACAGGAGAAGCAAGCUGGUGAAUCACAAUGAGCCAGUUGUCUCCAA